AUGUCUGAUACUGAAGAACAUCUACAACAACAACAUGUCGACUCUAGAGAGUUAAAGAAGGAAAAAAAGAGUAAAAGCAAACUGAAAUCAAAAAUAUCUGAUUCUGAUGAAAUAGAAAUCGAUUUAAAUGCUCAAAUCCCACUUUCUAAAAAGCAACAACGUCAAUUGAAAAAGGGUAAAUUAGAUUUAGAAAAACUAGCCAGAAAGAACCCAUCACCUAAACCUGAAACUAGUACAAAUGACAACAACGAAAACUCUGAAGAUGCUUCUGGUGUGAAUCUGACAACAGUGACGUCAAAGAAAUCACCAUUUGGUGUUUGGAUCGGGAACUUAUCAUUUGACACCACAAGGGAAGAUUUGAUUCGGUUUAUAGUUGGUAAAACAACUACUCUGGAUCCAAAAAUAACUGAAGAAGAUAUAACUCGUGUUAACAUUCCGAAAAAGGGUAAUCAAAUCAAAGGGUUUGCAUAUGUUGAUGUACCUUCUUCGUCUCAUGUUGAAACUAUUGUUGGUCUUUCAGAAUCAAUUUUGAACGGGAGGAAAUUGUUAAUUAAAGAUGCUAAUUCCUUUGAAGGUCGUCCUGAACAAUCCAAAUCAGAUGCAACACAAAGUGGUGGAAUCAAUAGUUCAAACCCACCAAGUCGAAUUUUGUUUGUUGGUAACUUAUCAUUUGAUACAACUGAAGAUUUAUUGGAAGAACAUUUCAGACAUUGUGGGGAAAUAGUGAAAAUCAGAAUGGCCACUUUCCAAGACACAGGAAAAUGUAAAGGUUUUGCCUUUAUUGAUUUCAAAGAUGAAGAAGGUGCCACAACAGCAUUGAAAUCAAAAUUAACCAAAAUGUUAAUCAAUAGAAAAUUACGAAUGGAGUACGGAGAAGAUAGAUCUAAAAGAAGACCAAAAAGAGCCAACGAUUUUGGUGAUCAUAGUAAUAAUAAUAAUGAUAGCUAUAAAGAGAAUAAUAGAACUGUUAACGACAAACCUGAAUUUGAUUCCCUGAAUCAAAGAUUUGAUGGUAAUGAUUCUUAUGGUGAAAGAGAUAAUAAAAAGAGACAAUACCGUGAAAGAAAUGAUGGAUAUAAUAAGACCAACAAUUCCAACAAACGUAUGAAAUCUUCAGUUGCUCUAGCCUCGGCACAAAGAGCUAGUGUUGCAAUUGUCCCAUCAGCUGGUAAAAAGAUUAAGUUUGAUUAG